AACAAAGAUCUCAGGACAAAAAGGAGAUUAAAAGAAUUACUCUACUGUGAAAGGAAAGCGGAAGUGGUGCAUCAGUAGAUAUUUACUGCGCAUGGUGUUUUGGUAUAUCCCGCUAACCAUUUCUCAAUUGAGUUUUGCAAGUAGAGCAACGUUGCUACGGAAUGCCAUAAAAAUGACCAAAAAUUCUGACUUUCCAAGCCAUUCCCCAAGUCAUAGAUAAUGGCAUUCUAUACUAGAAUGUGAGGGGACAAACAUCGUCUUUAAUGGCUUGCUAUAAUGGCGAAAUUACCUCCAAAUUUCCAGGUGGAAGAUGGGAGGAAUUCUGCAAGGACCGAGCAGACAACGCAGCCAAGACUUUCACUCGCGAAUUCCUCCAGUUUGUCUCAGAUAACCCUGUAUACGACGUAUCUGGAGCCUCAUAUACUUUCUCUAAGCGUUUUGUGGACUACUUCCUCGAGAUUUUUAACCAAGAAGUUCAUAAGAAUGGCUCUCAUGACUUCGUUGAGCCCGAGUCACCAACCGAAGUAUUUGGUCCCGAUGACUGGGGCUCCAACAUUCAUUUAACAGGAAAUUUCAAACAAGCGCCUGAAAAAAAGGAUCGAGAAUCAAGUUUUAGUAUAAUGAGGAAACUUAGGGAUGUAAAAGAUUUAUUUAAACGGUCUAUAGAUGAAACUGUUGGCCCGAAAGUCUGUGUUGGUGGUGGUGGUGGUGGUGAACACCGGAACGCUUCACCGUCACUGUCGACCCAAAAUGAGCAAACGAGCAGCGAAAAACACUGUAAGAUGAUCACAACUAGCAUAAAAAAAGAAGGAAUUAUGAACUAUUUGAUGAAUUUAGACCAAGGAGUUGAUACAGAGGACUAUUUUUGGCAAAAAUGCAGGGUCGUUAUCCUUAAAGCACCGGGUGGCUAUAUGCUGGAAUUUUAUUGCCCUCCUAAGUCACCAAAGCCAAAGAAUGGUAUCUUUUGUUUUCUGAUUCAUGAAGUUAGACCAGCAACAGAGCUGGAGAUGCCUAUGGGACAAAAUGUCUUUGUCAUAAAGGCAGUAAAUAAAAGAGAAUACAUGUUGGCUGCAAAUGAUAAAGAGGAGAUGGAAAACUGGUUAAGUGAGAUAUCUUUAUGUAUAGAAGAGGAUCAAGGGUCAUCGUCAUCAGCGCCAAAUACACCAACCCCUACAAGCCCAGAGGAAGUCCCACCUGCUGCGGCCUCCGCUGCCUCUCAGCAAAGAACUCCUCCCACAGCGAUCAAAAAGGGAAGCAAGUCUUUAAACCUCAAGCUAGAUACCCAUGGUGCCAUAGAAAAUAAAAACAUUAGAAAGAGGAAUGCACAAAGCCCUGCAGGACGUCAGUCAUCACUAUGGUCCUUCAAUAGACCAGCUAAUCUGGACAGUCCUACUGAGCCACUCAAUAGAGGUCCCCCUCCUGAACUACCACCACGAUCACCAACAAGUAUAGAACCCCCGCAGUUACCAAGCAGUUCCACGGGUCAUGGAGCACUACAUGGGAACAGUUUACCAAGAACACCUGAUGACAAUCAUCAAGAUGAAAAUCCAGUUUGGGUGUCAGCCUCCGAUGAGAACCACCCAUUAGCCAACUACCCAUGGUUCCAUGGGACACUUUCCAGGCUUGAGGCAUCUCAUUUGGUGUCGCAGGGAAGUCAACAGUGGCAUGGUAUCUUUCUUGUUCGUCAGAGCGAAACCAGACGAGGAGAAUAUGUACUUACAUUCAAUUAUCAAGGGAGAGCAAAACAUCUUAGACUGUCACUCAAUGUGGAAGGACAAUGCAGGGUACAACACCUUUGGUUCCAGAGUAUUUUUGAUAUGCUAGAACAUUUUCGAGCCCAUCCUAUUCCUUUAGAAAGUGGUGGACCUUCUGAUGUCAUGUUAACCAAUUUUGUAGUAAAUAUCCCACACACUCCAUCAAUAUCCCAAACACUACCAACCAGCAACAGAAACCAUGGCGAUGGCUUGAGAAGGGCUUACAGCGUACAAGCAAGCCGUAUAAAUAGAUCAGCUGUCAUUCAAGGUGGAUCGCUUAGAGCAACAAUAGAAAACCCUAACGAAGGACAUUCAAGAGCUGUGGAUAACCAGUAUGCAUUUGUUUAAAAUCAGUCAUAGUUUUGUAUCAAACAGAUUUAUUUAUAUUUUUUGAAAAAGAGAGGAAAUGACUUCAAAAGAUUUCUUAAAAAUAUCUAGAAUUUUUAGGUUUAAGGCUGUGAUUGAAUAAUGAAAUCAACAGCGAAAGAAUAAUUGUACAAAGUGAUGACAAUGACAUUUUGCAAUGCUUUACCUUAAAGUCUUUCUCAAUAGCAAACACAGAAGCAAAUAACUUGCAGUCUAAACAAUCAAAGAUGUCAAUCAAAGCGUUUCUGUGAAAUUGUCAGAAAACACAAAGUUUGCAAGGGCACAUGCCUUUGGAAUAUGUCAUGAAAACGUCUUGAUUAAUGUCCAUCACUGACCCACUUUGUUGGGACGAAAAUUCAAUGCAUUUUAUUGAGAACAGUCAAGAAGAAAAUUGGUGUAUUUGGUGUUGACUAGAUAACGAACAUUAUCAUGUAAACAUAAUGUUACGCUAGCUAGUGUACACCAACACCAUGUGUGAGGCUUGUUCUUGUAUGACUCAUACCAGUAAAUGUUUUAUAAUUACUAUAGAUCUUUCCAGCUGAGUUGAACUUUGCAAGAAGUCCACGGUCAGUUAGUUAGAUUCAAGAGUUCAAAUAUUUAUCACCACUUGUAUCCUUGGGGAAGUGCUCCUGUCUGGAGAAACAUGUCCAGCAGGUGCGUUAAGUUAGAUAAACAUAGUCACGACAGGUUGACUGUCAAUAGACUAUGGAUUAAUAAGCAAUAGAUGGGUGGAUUUAAAUCUUUCUUUUGUCAUUUUUCAGCACUUUUGUUCAAUAUCAUAAUAGGCAAAAAAAAUGUCAUAGGACUAUAGACCCCUUGCAUGUGACAUCAAAGCAGCUGGAGGACAAAACAAAAGAAUUUCAAUCUCAUGAGGAUUGGAAACCUAUUGUUAUAUCCUCCACAUUGAGCUGCAUUCUGACAAGCUGUAAGGGGUCCAUAGCUGCCACACCUCAUCCCCACACUCCACCCCUCAAAAUAGGAAGGUACAACAUUGAAGUGGUUAAUUAUUGUUCUACAACUACUGCUUAUAGGGGGAAAAAAUGGAUAUUUGAACCAAUAAUGUUUGCCAUAAAUAACUGGUAGAACAAACUGACCGAUCUUUUUAAGUUCAACUCAUCUUGGAUAUAACUAAAUCUUGCUAGAUGCAAGUAUGUUCUAUAUUUCCACAUGCAUGUGUAUCACAUGCUUAAUGGAUUGAUCCUUUUUUGUUUAGGUUUUUUAUCAGGAGUGAAUUAUCAUGCAUUUCUCACAGUCUUAUAGAGGCUUUGCACCAUCACGUUAUGGCAGCCAUGUUAGAUGGAAGGAACAAUACAAUCGUUUUACAUGCCAUCCAACCACAGGCAGUCCAAACUGUGUUAUGGGUGACAGCACGUGAUGGUGCAAACCCCUUUGACUUUAUCACAGGAAUCCCAUUACCACAUUUUAAAUGAAAAACCUUGAAACGUGCCUGAGUAUGGCUCAAACUUCAUGAGCCUUAAACGUUGAAAAGAGGAUAAUAAUGUGGUUUUCUUUUAUAUCAUUAACUUUGGUUAAUGGGUGGUUACAUCUGGUACCUGAUACCCAAGGGUAUUCCUAAUUCUGCAAUGUGUCUUUGAAAACAGUUUUCAAUGCAGGUUUUAUCAUAGACUGUUAACAGUCCUUCUUGGGYGAGCAGGGAGAGGGGUCAAGUUUAAAGUGGCAUGUAGUGAGUGCUCCUGCAAACUCCACUCCAAGCUCUGCUCGUCAACUGGAAUCUUUAAACUUGGUAAUCUAAAACCUCUUCUUUACUUGUCUGGAGAAAAAGUGGGACUGUUCAUAGUCUAGUUUAAUCAUUUCUUUUUGAAGUUGUAAAUAGCAUUUUUUUACAGAUUAAUAAUGCAUUCACCAACAAGUUACUGCUAAAAAUAGCUUGACUAUGUAUCUUCCUGUUUUGUACAAUAACUCAUAGUAUUUUUUUCCGAUUAUAAAUAAUAUAUCUAGAUACAGUU